AAGCCGGUGCUACAUAUCCAACUUGCUGCUGUUGAGACAAGUAAAUCAGGGUUAUUACUACCCCCCUUUAUUAUGGAUAUAAGACGCCCUCAAAUUCUCACCAGCACUCAAAUUCAAUCUUAACCCACUACUUCAUCAUUGCGAUCAACAUUAAACCUUGUUGCGUGCCUAUACUCUUAACCAUCAUGAAGUUCUACGCUAUACUCUCUAUAACUGGUGCCUUGCUUUCCGCCGCUACAAAUGCGCUUCCUACUCGUAUCGCUGAACGUCAACCCACCCGCCAAUUCGGAGGAUCGAGGCCUCCUCCCAAUUCACCCCAUCUGGCCCAUUACAAUGGUACCGGUAAUGGCGGCGACUAUGAAGACGAACCCGAAAACGAUACUGCGUCUUAUACUUUCACCUUCAGCAGUACCUCCACCUCGAGCACCCCCACUUCGACCUCUACAGCGAUGGAGUCAUCAUCGGAUCUCCCGCUUCCAGUCGAAACUCUGACACAGAUUCAGUCGAUCGUCGUUCCGAUUCCCACUGGAAGUAUCGCCCCAAGUUCGCCUUCAUAGUGGAAAGGCGAUGGGCUGCCGCAGUUGACUGGCGGAAGUAGGGAGAGGUUUUGCGUAUUCCGAGGCGUCAGUGAUAUUACAUUAAUGCGUACACAUUCAAAAACUGAGAGGCAUCGGUUAAUCCAAACAUCAUCAUUCGAACCCACUCUCAUGAGGUU